AUGAUUUCUUUGGCUCCAUUCGUUUCAACGACCCCACUACUGAAGGUUCCUCUCUUGGUUACCAAUUCCAUGCUCACCUACUACGGCAUGACUCCACCGAGGCAACCGCCGCCAACGAAGGAGCAGCUCAGGUUCACUGUACCUGACCUGAUGACUAGGACCACCAGGAUCCAGAUGGCUGCCACGGCUGCGUCGAAGACCAUAUUGUGUAGCAUCACAUUGAUCGAAGCCACAGUGGUCCUGGCCCGCCAGUUCCCAUCGCCGUUCUCUGAUCACAUCCUCUCCUACUUCUUCCCCGCGAGGCGUUCCUCAAGUUCGUUGCAACUCACCCCCAUUUCCGCAGUAGCGUGUGCUCUCGGGAUCUCAGGAGGCCUGAUUCGCGUUUGGUGCCAUCGGGAAUUGGGGCGAUUCUUUACGUGGGAGGUAGCUGUCCGCGACAAUCACCAGCUGAUCACGAGUGGGCCUUAUUCCAUUGUACGUCAUCCGGGCUACACCGGCUGGCUGCUCCUCAUCGCCGGUAACUUCGCUUUGCUCGCGAGUGGAGGGUCGUACUUCAGGGAGGCGGGACUGUGGAAGACAAUCACGGGAAGGGCAGUCGCGGGUUCGAUCAUCGGAUAUUUGAGUUGGGUUACCGUCAACCUACUCAAGAGGACUGCGGAGGAAGACGCGAUUUUGGAGAAGGAGUUCGGAGUCCAAUGGGAAGAUUGGGCGAGAAAGACUCCGCAUCGCUUGAUCCCAUUGAUAUACUGA